AAAAUAUUACAAGCAAUUAUAAUUUACAUCCUUAUCGAUAGAUAAUUAUCUUAUCGCAAUAUGAUAUCGGGCGAAUGCUUUUUAUUGAAAUGUUAUGUUUGUAUAGCAGUGCAGAUUGAAAGUAGUAAUUCUAUAGAUAUGUGAUUUGAUAUUUUAUUAAACGUCUCAUUUUAAAAUGGUUUGGGAUAAGUGCAAUAUAAUUCUGCAUAGUGCAUCUGAUAGUUGCUUUUAUACCAAUAAUAUUAUCACAGGAUCAAUUAUUUUGGAGUUUACCAGUAAACGGAAAGUUGAAAAAGUGGAUAUGAGAGUACAAGGAUCAUGUGAAGCACAGUGGUCCAGAUUUUCACCUACUAUUCCAUACCUAAAGAUAUAUUCCGACAAAUACGACGUGCUGAGUGUUGCUUUCGACACAUUUGAAAAUAUUAAUGGUAGAACAGUUAAUCCCGGAGUCUACACUUACCAGUUUAAUUUAUUUCUACAGUCAGAUUUACCUUCCACUUAUGAAGAUUCUAUUGCGAAAGUGCGCUAUCGUGUUAUAGUUGAAGGGAAGAGCAAGACUGGAUUUAAGCUGUAUAACAAAGUUUUACCUUUUACCGUAAAGAAUUAUACCGAUUUAAAUGAUGCAUCUAUUGAUUAUAAGGUGCCACUUAUAUUUGAAGGAAAAAAGAGCACAUGCUUUGGAAAUUUUACGCUGUACAUUAAAACGUAUCGUGGAUUUGCUCCAAAUCAAAGGUUACCAAUUCAAGUUAUACUUGAAAAUAAAAAGAGAAUAAAGGUUAAACUAAUAGAAAUCACUCUAAUACAAAAAAUAGAAUAUAAUGUUACAGAAGGUUUUCACAACAGAGAUAAACGCAUUUGCUCAACGAUGCAUAAGGAUAUUCAGAGUUUAAAAGAUGAACAGUGUCGGCUAUACUUAGAAAUGCCGCCACUUGUUCCAUCAACUGUUAAUGAAACCAAUCCCAUGGUUACAGUUUCGUAUGUGUUGGAGGCAAAAGUGUCAUUUAGGUAUCACACAAGUUUGUACUAUGACAUCCCAGUUGUAAUAUCAACUGUACCAGUGGCACAUGUAAAUUUUUAA